AUGGACACCUCCCGCGUCCGCAUGCUCCUGUCCUUGCUGGCGCUGCUGCAGCUGGUGGCCGCCGGCAGCCCACCAGGACCCGACGCGAUGCCGCGGGGCUGCCCAUCACACUGUCACUGUGAGCUGGAUGGCAGGAUGCUGCUCAGGGUGGACUGCUCCGACCUGGGGCUCUCGGAGCUGCCCUCCAACCUCAGCGUCUUCACCUCCUACCUGGACCUCAGUAUGAACAACAUCAGUCAGCUACCCGCCGGUCUCUUACAUCGCCUCUGCUUCCUAGAAGAGUUGCGCCUUGCUGGAAAUGCUUUGACACACAUUCCCAAGGGAGCAUUCACAGGCCUUCACAGUCUCAAAGUCCUCAUGCUGCAGAACAACCAGCUGAGACAGGUUCCGGAGGAAGCACUGCAGAACUUGAGAAGCCUUCAAUCCCUGCGCCUGGAUGCCAACCACAUCAGCUACGUGCCACCCAGCUGUUUCAGUGGCCUGCACUCCCUGAGGCACCUGUGGCUAGAUGACAAUGCCCUCACAGACGUCCCUGUGCAGGCUUUCAGAAGUUUAUCAGCCCUGCAAGCCAUGACCUUGGCCCUGAACAAAAUACACCACAUAGCAGACUAUGCCUUUGGAAACCUCUCCAGCCUCGUGGUUCUGCAUCUCCAUAAUAAUAGAAUCCACUCCCUGGGAAAGAAAUGCUUUGCCGGACUCCACAGCCUGGAGACUUUAGAUUUAAAUUAUAAUAACCUUGAUGAAUUCCCCACUGCAAUCAAGACACUCUCCAACCUUAAGGAACUAGGAUUCCACAGCAACAACAUCAGGUCGAUACCCGAGCGAGCCUUCGUAGGCAACCCUUCUCUUAUUACAAUACAUUUCUACGACAAUCCCAUCCAGUUUGUUGGAAUAUCUGCUUUUCAACAUUUACCCGAACUAAGAACACUGACUUUGAAUGGUGCCUCACAAAUUACUGAAUUUCCUGACUUAACAGGAACGGCCACCCUGGAGAGUCUGACUUUAACUGGAGCAAAGAUCUCAUCUCUUCCCCAAACCGUCUGUGAUCAGUUACCUAAUCUCCAAGUGCUAGAUUUGUCUUACAACCUGCUGGAAGACUUACCCAGUUUGUCAGGCUGCCAAAAACUUCAGAAAAUUGACCUGCGGCAUAAUGAGAUCUAUGAAAUUAAGGGUGGCACUUUUCAACAGUUGCUUAGCCUCCGGUCUCUGAACUUAGCAUGGAAUAGAAUUACUGUCAUUCACCCUGAUGCCUUUUCUACAUUGCCGUCUCUGGUGAAGCUGGACCUAUCGUCCAACCUCCUGUCUUCGUUCCCUGUGACUGGGUUACACGGCUUAACUCACUUAAAAUUAACAGGGAACCGUGCCUUACGGAGCCUGAUACCAUCUGCAAGCUUCCCGGAGCUCAAGAUUAUAGAGAUGCCAUACGCUUACCAGUGCUGUGCAUUUGGGGUGUGUGAAAACGUCUAUAAAAUUUCUAAUCAAUGGAAUAAAGAUGACAGCAACAGUGUGGAUGACCUUCAUAAGAAAGAUGCUGGGUUGUUUCAAGUUCAAGAUGAGCGGGACCUGGAAGAUUUCCUACUUGACUUUGAGGAAGACCUGAAGGCCCUUCACUCCGUGCAGUGCUCGCCAUCUCCAGGUCCCUUCAAGCCCUGUGAACAUCUAUUUGGUAGCUGGCUGAUCCGAAUAGGCGUGUGGACCACGGCAGUACUGGCGCUUUCCUGCAACGCCUUGGUGGCUUUGACAGUGUUCAGAACCCCCCUCUACAUCUCUUCCAUAAAGCUGCUAAUUGGGGUAAUCGCGAUAGUGGACUUACUCAUGGGCGUCCCCAGUGCUGUGCUGGCUGCCGUGGACACGUUCACUUUCGGCCGUUUUGCUCAACACGGUGCGUGGUGGGAAGAUGGAAUUGGCUGCCGAGUCGUUGGCUUCUUGUCCAUUUUUGCCUCCGAGUCGUCGAUCUUCCUGCUCACUCUGGCCGCGCUGGAACGAGGUUUUUCGGUCAGGUGCUCUUCCAAGUUUGAAGUGAAAACUCCCCUCUCUAGCCUGAAAGCGAUCAUUUUGCUGUGUGGCCUCUUGGCCCUGACCAUUGCCACAGUCCCCUUGCUAGGAGGCAGUGAAUAUAACGCCUCUCCUCUCUGCCUGCCCUUGCCCUUUGGGGAGCCUAGCACCACGGGCUACAUGGUGGCCCUCGUGUUGCUCAACUCUCUCUGUUUCCUCAUAAUGACGAUCGCCUACACAAAGCUCUACUGUAACCUGGAGAAGGGAGAGCUGGAGAAUCUUUGGGACUGUUCGAUGGUGAAGCACAUUGCUCUGUUGCUCUUCGCCAACUGCAUCCUUUACUGCCCCGUGGCUUUCCUAUCCUUCUCCUCUUUGCUAAACCUCACAUUCAUCAGUCCCGAAGUCAUUAAAUUUAUACUUCUAGUGAUUGUCCCACUUCCUGCAUGUCUCAACCCGCUUCUCUACAUUGUCUUCAAUCCCCAUUUUAAAGAGGAUAUGGGCAGCCUGGGAAAGCAAACCCGUUUCUGGACGAGAGCAAAACACCCAAGUCUGCUGUCCAUUAACUCAGAUGAUGUUGAGAAACGGUCCUGUGACUCAACCCAAGCCUUAGUGUCCUAUACUGAUACCAGCAUAGCCUGUGACUUGCCUUCCAACUCUGGGUCAUCACCAGCUUACCCGAUGACUGAAAGCUGUCACCUCUCUUCAGUUGCAUCUGUCCCAUGUCUCUAGUUACUAUGAGAGAGGAACGUUUUUUUAAGAAUUGGAACCCUGAAAUACCAUUUAUAUCGGAGCAGUAGCUAAGAAAAGCUGAGCUGAAACCUACCUUAAAACACAAGCAAACAUCUCUAAAUUAGUAUGGAAACACUGAUGCCUCUGAACCGGAGCGUGACCAUCAGUCUAAGCACUGCUUGUAUCAUUUGUUCAGCUACGAGGUAAAUCCAUCAAGACCACGUAGAUGAACCCAGAUGAGAAAAGCAGACUGAAACGCUCUUCCAAAAUAGUAAUAAUAAUAAUAAUAAUAAUUAAUAUAAUAAGCUCUCUGGUUUUAAUUGUAUUGUCUUCAAACUCACCAGCAUAGUCACCCAUGGUGGGAAGAUUCAUUGGAUGAGCAAUGGGUGUAUUUAAAUCCACAAAUUCCUUCUUUAAAAAGUUGAGUUUUAAGAAAAAACAAGGAUUUUUUUUUAAUGGGCUGCAUUGCCCACAGAGUUUCAUUUUAAUGGCUACACAGAGAUGAUUGUGUGUGUUUUGCCUUUUGUCUGACAGGGUCCUUCCAAGACACCAGUUUCUUGAAUUGAUAAUGCGAGACAUUUUUAAUCCAAACAUAAAUUUAAGGUACUGGGUUUCAGAGAUAAGCACUCAGUGCAUCCUCCCUUGAUGAAAUAAAUCCGGUAACAAUUUUUUUUGGAAAGGAAUAUUAACUUAAAUGGUUUCUAGAGCCAUUACAUAUGGGUAAAACUUGAUUCUUCUGACUCAUUGUUUAAAAUCCUGGAGUCUAAAGCUCAGAAAGUUCAUUGUCAGCAGUGGGCGUACCUAUGAAAGACAGUACGCAAUUAUAGGGUUUGUAUUUAUCCCUGAGUGGGAGCUUUUGGCAAGAUGUUUAUCAUUGCCUCAAAUGGUUGUGCAUUGUAAGAUGCUCAGAUGCAGGGUGUAAGUCCGCAAACCCACUGUGUAACUUCACACAUCCAUCUCUGUAGCUCUAGCUACACACACCCAUCUCUGUAGCUCCAGCAACAAAGCCUCACCACACUUUGGACUCAACAGAAACUGGGCAAAGUAUUAUUCUGUGUAUGUAGCUUGGUUUUAGCUGUGUCUCUUUUUGGAUCAACCACUUGAUAUGAAGAACAUUACUUCUCGGCUUAUUCCGUAUUAACACCGGUGUUAGAUGUUUCAAGACAAUUAUUAAAUUUGAAACGUGAAAGGCUUGUGCUUAAUUCCAUGAUCCUGCAUUAGCUUUGUUGCAGCCAAACCAAAAGGCUAUUAGGUAGAUUUAUUUUUGUAUAAGCAUGUUUUAUUUUGACCAGAUGUUUUAAUGUGGAAUUUUUUAAAAAUACAUUUAUGAGAUGUUUUAUAAGAUGUGUAAUAUAGAAUUGUAUUUAUUACUACAGGAGAGAUACAGUGACAUUAAAGAACAUGAUAAACCAUGUACAGUGGCAUAUUCUCCCAAACAUAUUGUUUCUCUGCCAGUUUUCUCUAAAUGCAUUAAUUGUAUAUAUGUAGAUACAUAGUGUUUGUAAAUAGAUUCAGA